GUCUCGAUUUAACUGUCUCCGGUGUCGCACGUCGCUGCAUCCAAACAAAAGCUUUUCCGCUCUCGAGCUUUGUCUUCCUAUGAAGUGUCUAUAAUAUGUCUGCGUCUCGUACCAUAUCGUCUGAAUAAGUGUUUGUGUUUAGCAGUAAAUUGGUGACGUUUUUCUGUAGAUAGUUAAUGUAAACGAUUCCGUUGUGUAUCAAUUAGUCAUAAUAUAUGUGGUUAUAUGUUUAUUUUGAUUGACGCUAUGCUACAUAUAUCUUAGUAUCGGAAUAACAGAAGCGGCUUGGCGCGGCAUAGCGGGCGGCCGCGCCAUGGGCAACAAGUGCUGCAGCCGCCGUCACGAUCCCGACAGACCUUUGGUAUAUCCAGCCUACAAAAAGAACGAGGCAGGAUUCACGGCGUGUCCAUCACUGGAGACACGUUAUACCGGCGAGCCGAACAAUCGAGCAGUAUCAAGAAGACCUGCAGAUAUCGUCAGGACACGAAAUCCAGGAGCAUGUAUAUCAAACGGUGGUCGUCGAGUGGUAAAAGCGCUAUGCGCCUACACCGCGCGCGCAGAAUCCGACAUCUCAUUUCGGAAGGGCGAUCGUAUGGAAGUGCUGAGCGACGCGGAAACAGACUGGUGGAGGGUACUCCAUCUCACAACGAGACGGGAGGGAUUGGUGCCAGCUAACUUUGUGGCGGAAGAGAGCUCUGUUGAAUGUGAAGAUUGGUUUUUCCCCCACGUGUCGAGAAAAGAGGCGGACAAGCUUCUCCUAGCUGAGAUCAACCCUCGAGGCACGUUCUUAGUGAGGCCCGCGGAGCACAACCCUCAUGGAUUCAGCCUUAGCGUCAAAGACUGGGAAGAAGGCAGAGGUUACCACGUGAAGCAUUAUAAGAUCAAGCCAUUGGACAAUGGAGGGUUUUAUAUCGCGACCAAUCAAACAUUCCCGAGUCUUCCCGCCCUUGUUAUGUCUUAUACGAAGAACGCGCUAGGCCUCUGCCAUGUGCUGGCCCGGCCUUGCCCCAAACCGGAGCCCCAAAUGUGGGAUUUGGGACCGGAGUCGCGGGACAAAUGGGAGAUCCCAAGGGCCCAGAUACAGCUGAUCAAGAAGCUGGGGCAGGGGAACUUUGGUGAAGUCUACUACGGCAAGUGGUGCAAUAGUAUAGAGGUCGCCGUCAAAACUCUACGAGAAGGUACAAUGUCGAAGCAAGCGUUCCUCCAAGAAGCCGCCAUCAUGAAGAAGUUCCGUCACAAGCGAUUGGUCGCACUAUACGCUGUAUGUUCCCAACAGGAACCCGUCUACAUAGUCCAAGAGUACAUGUGCAAGGGGUCUCUACUAGAAUUCCUCAGAAACGGCGAAGGCAAAUCCCUCCACUUCGAAGAUCUAGUCUACGUUGCCGCUCAGGUCGCCUCCGGAAUGGAGUAUCUCGAGUCCAAACUCCUCAUACACCGGGACCUGGCGGCUCGCAACGUACUCAUUGGAGAGAACAACGUCGCCAAAAUAUGCGAUUUCGGAUUGGCCCGAGUGAUAGAAGACAACGAAUACUGCCCCAAACAGGGCUCGCGGUUCCCUGUCAAAUGGACCGCACCCGAAGCGAUCAUCUACGGCCGGUUCUCGAUAAAGAGCGACGUGUGGUCGUACGGAAUACUCCUGAUGGAGCUCUUCACGUACGGCCAGAUACCGUACCCGGGGUUGCACGGGAAGGAAGUCAUCGAGCAGGUGGAGAGGGGGUAUAGGAUGCCCAAACCCGUGGGGCACUAUUUGCCCGACGACAUUUAUAGACUUAUGCUCCAAUGUUGGGACGCGAUACCCGAGAAGAGGCCGACAUUCGAGUUCUUGAACCAUUAUUUCGAAUCGUUCACAGUGACCAGUGAAAUACCGUACAGAGAAGUGCAGGACUAGUGCUGUGAUAUAAACGUAGCUAGUGAUGUGCUUGUGUUGGAGACGAUGUGUAGGGUCCUUAGCGAAUGAAUGGAUUUGCUUUAGGGAAAGUGUUGGCUGCAAAAUGUUUACGGAUUUAAACGGGUGCAGCUUUGAUACAUAAACAAAAUAUAUUUUACGGGAAUAAAACGCGUUUAUUUGCAAUAACGACGGCUUAUAAUUAAAAAUACACAAUUGUGAAUUAGACAUGAUUUAUUCCGGUAUAUAGAUGUCAAUUUACACGCCAACUAAAUUACUUUCGGUUUCUAAAUACGCAACGUAAUUUCAACGGAUUAUUAGAUUUGCUUCAUCGCGUAGCUUAUAAACAGAUAUGUUGUUCAGAUAGUGUUUGAUUUCAACCAAUCUCGUUUUAAGCGCUGUCAAAUGUGUCAAAUUGACAGCUGUUGACAUUUGAUUUAAUUUUGAUUGCUUCUAGAAUACGGGCCUUAAUUAGAUUCUUUUAACAGAGUCGCUGACAGCAGAAAAGCACUCGAAACGUCCAUUUAUAAUUUGUGGUUAAAUUGAAAAUAAUAUUUUGAAUUUUACAAAGGGAGCGUUUAAGUAUUACGUCUUGCAAUUUUUGGAGUUUAUUG